AUGAGAGCGCAUCUGGAGCCGGCUCCGUACAAGCUUCUUCAUGUCAGGCUGAGGUUUUUGGGCGAGCAGAUCGAUCGUUCAUCUCGCCUACCCAAGCCGGUUCACAAGGGCGAGGUGAGGGACGUGUGUUUCUCAGGCGGCCUCGCAGACCUGAACGAACUGGUGGAGAAGUGGCUCGGAUGCCCAGGCGAGUGGAGAAUGAACAACGUAGCGAAUUGGCCACUAUCUGAGGACGCCCUUCAGCGACCCACAAGUGCUGCUUGCCCGAUGGUGGUGAAUGUCGUGAAUCGGACGGAAAAGGUGAAGAGGGAUGUCGACUCCUUGCAGGAUCGGCUCAAAGACCUUGAGGACAAAGUGAACUCGCUGGUUCAACAAAAGACUGCAGACCAGCAGCAGCUAUCUGGGCGCCUGGAUAAGCUUACAAUGAUUGAGGAGUAUUGGGACCUGAUGACCGCAGACACCGAUUCUGCAGAACGUGUGCCACAGGUCCGAUCUGGCCGGAGCCGUCGAUGCUGGGCCCUGGUGGUUCAACCCUCUCCGGUGUUCUUGCCAGUGCUUCUUUUUGCUCUUACCACAGGUUUAUGGUGGAUGAGCAGGACUGAAGUACAGUUUUUGGAGCACGACGUCAAGAGUUCAGAAGGUCAGUACAUUUCCCUGGAACGUAAAUCCAAGCACAUCGUCAGCAGUGUCAACUCACAGCAGAGGAAAGAACACGAAUAUCUUGUUAAUCACCUGGAGAUGACGACUCGGGAUAUUGACCGGCUGCACACCAAUAUCUCCAACCUGUCAACUUGGCUUGGCUACAUGACCGAACUUCAGGUCAAUAUGUCCAACAUGUCUACGUGGCUGGUCCGGGCCGAGGCCAGAGACGCCAGCCUGCGCAAAGAUCAGCACAAGUUAUCUGGCAAGGUGAAUGAAAUCAGUGACCAGAUCACGCACGUUGAGGAAGACGAGGGGAAACUGUCCUCCAAACUUCGAGACCGGAUUCACGAGCUGGAAGAAGAGAUGAAAGCUGUGGAGAAACAGGUGUCGUCCCUGCAGCUUGCAGACGAAGCAGCGCGGAAUCAGUCUGAGAAGAUGCAAGACGAAAUGACUAAAUUGAACUCGACAUUGCAGCCGGAACUGUUGCGUGUGAACCGCACGGCGCAGCAACUGCAGAAACUGGAGAAGGAGAGUGCGGAGGCGAACCGGUCAUGGACGCUUCUUUCUGAUCAAGUUUCGAAAGUGCAGGACCACACGUUGCCUGAUUUACGCACAGCAGUUGCGAAACAGGCCUCGACCAUUGCCAGAUUCAAAUCGAACAUGUCGAGUUGGCAUCACGUGGAGGAAAAGUACAGCCAGAAGGGCGUGGAUGCCGAACGAAAGGUCAACAUGGUCGAAAAAGAAGUGCAAAAGUCGCUCCAGAAGACGACCGCGCGGCUGCAGCAGCUGGCAUCUUUGCAAAGGCUGGAGAAACAGCUAAAGCAGCAGCAACUACACUUCUCUGAGCGUUUAGAGUCCAUCGAGGCGAAGCUGCAUAAUGCGCUCGUGAAUGCGACUGAAGCCUGA